AUGCAUCUCCAUCCAGGUAGCGAAGGAGUUCAGAUGCCUUUUCUUCGUCCGACUUGCCAGAGGUGGCAACAUUCUCGAAGACGAAGAAGAACUUGUGAACGUCGGCCGGCUUCGACCCGUCAAACUGUGACAGGGAGCCGUCUUCUUUGCCACCCCUCCACAAGAGUACCAUGUUGGCGGCGAAAAGGGGGGAGGAAGGCCGCGCGCGUAGGGGAGAGAGAAAAGAUUUUUUUCAGAAGCGUGAAGUUUAUUGCAAGAGCGGGGGUCAGUCCGGCGUGUCCUUCUGUUCCCCUUGUCGCGGGGUGUCGCGGCGCGCCCCUUUCUCUUAUAGAGGGGCCGCCAGCAUCUUCCACUUCCCAGGACCGCCGCCCUUUAAAGGGAGAUUGUCCACGUGUACAUCUGGCGUACACGUAG